AUCCGUUGGUCGGCGAUGCCGCCGACGCCUGAUCACGUGGGCCGGGCGGAUGGUGGUUUCCGGGCGAGCCGUCCGAUAGCGCGGUGCGCGCCGGGAAUUGUAGUGUUUGCUCUGUGGCGCCAGUCACCUGUCAGAGGCGGUUGGCGGCGGUGGCGGCGGCUCUGGAAGAUGUGGUUUCUGACUGUUUUGCCAGCCGCUGAGAAAUGCCGCUUGCUGAAGCAAAUCUGCAGGAACUAUUGUUCAGCCAUUGCUUCUAAUUUCCCAUUUGUUCCUUCUUGCCUUCCAUUGGACUCCAUCGAAUUGGAGGAUCUUCAGGAAUUUCUGUUUCAGUCUAAGAAGCUGUUUGUGCUAUCUGGAGCAGGCCUAUCAACGGAGUCUGGUAUUCCUGAUUAUCGCUCGGAAGAGGUUGGACUUUAUGCUCGGACAACAAGACGACCCGUUCAGCACCAUGUGUUUGUCUGCAGUGCCAAGAGUAGGCAGAAAUAUUGGGCACGAAAUUAUGUUGGCUGGCCACAAUUUAGUUCGCGCCAGGCAAAUGAAGCACACAAAGCUCUGAGUAAAUGGGAAAAAAUAGGGAAGCUGCACUGGCUGGUGACUCAGAAUGUGGAUGCUUUGCACACAAAGGCAGGAAGCCAGUACUUGACAGAACUUCAUGGCUGUACACAUAAAGUGAUCUGCCUUGGCUGCGAGAAGAUAACACCCAGGAGUCACCUUCAAGAUGAAUUUGCAGCUCUGAAUCCUAAUUGGUCUGAAGAAACACAAGGAAUAUUUCCAGAUGGAGACGUUUUCCUGACUGAUGAACAAAUCAAACAUUUCAAUGUUCCCUCGUGUAAGAAUUGUGGUGGUAUCCUGAAACCCGAUGUCACCUUUUUUGGAGACACAGUAAAUAAAGAGAAAGUUAAUUUUGUGUAUGAACGUUUGACGGAAUCUGAUGCAGUUCUGGUGGUCGGCUCUUCUCUACAGGUAUAUUCUGGAUAUAGGUUCAUCAUUGCAGCCUUUGAGAAGAGACUGCCUAUUGCAAUACUAAAUAUUGGGGCUACCAGAGCAGAUAAACUGUCCACUCUGAAAAUCAGUGCUCGGUGUGGAGAGGUCCUGCCAUACGUUCUUCCCUUUUGACACUGUCAAGCUGUACAACAGGAAAACUCCUCAAUUCUGGAAGCAAUGGCUUGCUUGCUGAAAUUGGGUCAGAGCUUUUAAAGAGAUCUCUCUGCCGCGGGCAUCCCCAACAAACCCCAGCUCUGCAGCAGGAUCAGGUCUGCAGAUCGAGUGAUCCAUGUAUGAUAUUUUCCAGUACACAGAAGCUGGAUUUUACAUUAAAAAUGGAUGUGCUAAUGGUGGGGUAUCACUUGAAAUCAUGUAUAGUUCAUUUUCAAGAUGAAUGAAUGCCUUGUUUAAUCAUAAGUUGUAAACAUGGAUCAUAAGUUGAUACUUAUUGAGCAUUAAUUUAAAUGGCCACUAACAGUUCACAUUAUAACUUGUAUGAGAUACUGUUGGGAAAUGACACCAGUGGAGGGCAAAUUUCAACCGGAAUUGUCUGGUCCAAUUUCCCUACUUGUAGGAACACAUAAUUCCAAACAAGUGCAAAACAAUCUGUAUGCAUACUUAGUGCAUAAAGAAUAUGUGCAUUUGGUCCAUUUCCUACAUUGCAUACAUCACUGCAAGGCAACGGAGCGAGAUAUUCACUACACACUUGAAAUUUAGAAGAAAGGAUUCAUGAGGGUGCUAAAUCAUCAUAUAGUAAAGUUAGAAAAUCAUUACGUUAGUUUUUGGAAAUCCUUGUUAUAAGAUAACAAUGAUGGGAAUGGCUUUUGACAGAUGAGUUUUACACAGGGCUCGUACGGUCCUUGAAAGACCUGGAAUUUGAAACAGUUUUUCCAAGACCUUGAAAGUACUUGGAUUUAUCAUAGAAAAGAUUUUUUAAUGAUAAGUAUUCAUUCAUGCAGAGUAAUGUGGCGUAUUUUCAUCAAGUUUAUAAUGCACAUUUUAAAUUAAAAGUCGGGAAACAUUGUUAGAUAUGUUUGCCUUUGUCGCCUAUUUACCUAUUUUUUUGCCUGCUUUGUCGCUGGGGGAAUAAAGACAUUGAAGAAGCAGGAAUGUGUGUCUUGUCUGGUAUUCAUUUACGAACAUGAUGAGCUUGAAUUACGGGCGCACACAGAAAGAUCAAAGGAACUGCCAA